AUGAGCUUUGGUAGAUUGAAUUUUAGGGUUCAAAGACCUAAAGCUGAUGAUGGAGCUGGAACCAGCACUGUGGUACAAGCUGAUAAAGAGGAAGCACCUUUAGCUAAAAGACAAAGAAAGACUGGAGGAAAACACCAGAUGGCAGCUUGCUGUGCUUGUAAAAGGAAGAGGAAGAAAUGUGAUGGUAAAUACCCAGUAUGUUCUGGCUGUUUGCAUUCUGGUUUAGAAUGCACCAUCUUUGACUUGACUACGAGUCGAACUAUUCCUAGAAACUAUAUUCAACAGCUUGAAGAAAAAAUUGCACUUUUAGACAAGGAACUCGAUGUGUUUAGAGAUAUCACCAAAUGUCAAACUGAUAGUAAUAAUACUCCCACCAAAGAGGCUCCACAAGCGGAGAGAAAACAGAAUUUAGAGUCUGACAUUGGUUUCAUAACACUUGGUGCUGCUGCUGAGUCUCAUUUUAUUGGACAGAGUAGUGCAUUUUCUAUAGCUAGAGCAAUUACGGACUCAAUAAACUAUUAUAACAAAGGUGAUGCCCCAGACCAUAAGAAAACUGCUCAUAAUCCGAGAGAGAUGGUGCAUCAUAGUUUCACAAGCCCAUCAAUACAUCAAGCACAUGACUACCUGAAUUUUUAUGAGUCAUCAGUACAGUGUCAGUAUCCAUUCCUUGAUUGGUAUCUUGUUUCACAAUGGUUUUAUGAUGUCCAAGUUCAUAAUUCACAGGACCCCAAAAAAUUAUUCUUCAUUUACAUGAUCUUUGCAAUAGGCUCACAAAUUCAAUCAGCUUCUUCCAAAACAGAAUAUGGUACAUCCAAUAUCUUAACUAGAAGUUAUUACAAUAAGGCAUUUGAACAUAUCAAUGAUUUAUUGAAGAAUCCAACAUUGGAAACUGUUCAAGUUUAUCUUUUGCUUUCAGUUUUUUCACAGAAUAUGCCCGAUGGAACAUCAAUAUGGCAGACAACAGGUUUAGCAAUUAGAACGGCAGUAACAUUGGGUCUCCACAGAAAACCUUAUAAAUCAACAAGUGUGGAUAAUGUCGAGCUUGAUAACAAUCCCCAUUUGAGUAUCAGAUCAAGGGUGUUCUGGAGUGCUUAUAGUCUUGAAAGAAUUAAUGCUCUUGUGCUAGGUAGACCUUUUGGUAUAUCUGAUAUUGAUAUUGAUGUUCCCAUUCCAUCCAAUGACCCUGAUAUUCCAGUUGCUUGUCAUGUCUUCAAGUUAAGAAGAAUUCAAUCCAGUAUUUGUACGUUUGUUUAUAAGCCUGUUCCAUUGAUGGAUUCUCCUGAUGAAAUUGAUUCAACAAGAGUCUCUAUUGUUUUAGAGUUAAAUGAUUGGAUGAACACAUUCCCAGCCAAAGAAUACCCUGUAUCAAGAUUUGAGACUUACAACUGGUGUUCAAUCUCAUACCAUAAUUCAAUGCUUCUAUUACUAAGACCUGUUGUCCUCGAAGUCUCAAAAAGCAAAACGGAUACUUCACCAAGACUUAUAGAAUGGUUCAAGGCAUUUACUCAUUCAGCUUCUGCCAUUUGCAUGAACUACAAAGACUUACACGCAAAAGGAAAGCUCAAUGCAACAUGGCUCUCAAUGCAUUGUCUGUUCGUUUCUGGAAUUUCCUUCCUAUACUGCUUGUGGAUUGACAAUCAGAUUAAAGUUCUUGAAUGGAAAGGCCAAAGAGUUAUCUAUGAUACUAUCUCUUCUUGCUCAAGUAUUCUCUAUGUUCUUGCUGAAAGAUGGCACUCUGCUGCUGUAUUUAGAGAUACAUUUGAGCAGCUAUCAAGUGCUGUUUUGCUUAAGUUAGAAGAACCUAUUGAUAGAAGAUCAUUUGCUGGUGUUUCAGAAAGCCCUUAUAAUAUAUCAGCAUCUUCAAAAUCGACUAAAGGCGCAUUAGACUACCACACAAUUGGGAUUGAUCAGUACUUGAGCUAUGAAAGUCAAUCAUGGAAAACUGAUAGUGAUAAAGAAGGUAGCGUUAGCUGUGUUUCUUCAGAACAUGAACACGAAGAGAUUGCUGUUGGAAAUGUGCCCCAAAAGUUGCAGCCAGAAGCCACAAUGUCGUUCCUUAAUAACUUUGACCUUUCAUUAUGGGAAUUCUUGGAUACGACUGGAGAUAAGUUUUUAAGAGAUAUCUAUCAAGAUAUGGAGAGUAAUUUGGGCAAGAUCUGA